ACAGGGACACUCCUCCUGAACUAAGGGAGGUGAACUCUGCAGCAGUCCUCAUUAAGAUUCCCUCUCCGUACACAACUCAACCACGAAAAACCCUCCUCUAGUGGGUGGCACCCGCGUCCUGCGCGCAUCUUUAAUUGCGCACCACCAACCACCACCUCCAUGCAUUACCACGGAUCAUCAUCAUCAGCAGCAGUGAUCACGCUGCCUUGACGGGUUUGCUUCAUGUCCUGCUGUUUACAAGGCUGAAGGUGGAGGUGGAGGCAGAGGAGUCUCCAGAGCUCCAGCAAAGGGUGGUGCCCUGUAUGCAUCUCAUCCAAGCUGCUGGACACGCUGUGCAUGCGGACAGAGACGCGCUCUCCAGCUCCUGCAGUGUGCAUUGAGCAGCUCCACUUCUUGUUUGCAGCUCCCAUGAUUGUGACAUUUGCUCGGUGAUGACUGCUGCAGGCAACAUGUGCGCUCGGAUGGUGUGAAGAGAGAGAGAGAGAGAGAGAGAGUGACACAGCAUUGCUUUUGGAGGGGCUUCAUUUCUCUCAUAUCUAUCUAUCAUAGAGAACCAUGAGCACUGUGGAGGAGGAACCGGAUCACAUGAUACCAUGAAGACAAGCCUGCAGGUCCUGCGCUGCCAGCUGCUGAGUGUUCUAGCAUUCCUAGCACUGCCAGUAGGACUGGUGUCAUCCGCACAGGAGCUGUACCUCAGCCAGACAUCCCAGGACUCUGUAUCCAUGGCAGCCGCCCACAGCAGCCCCCUUUCUGCCCCCGAACCCGCCUCUUUCGACUAUCAUCAGGACGGCUCCAGUAGCGGGGAAUGGUCAUCCAAAGGAGGAACUCAGCCCUCAAACAUCAUCUUCCCUACAGUCACCCUCCACCCUCUGGCCUUGCUCCACACAACCCAGACUUCCAGCCUGGCUCAUGACGACCCUCCCGUUCAUGACGCAAACACUGUGAGCACUGAGAGUCGUGUGAAUCAGCCCACGGAGCCCAGCUCUGAUAUUGUAAUGCACAAAUUGGUCAGCGAACCUCAAGUCCGUAACCCAGUUACUGUCAGCACUAACCAGGCCAGCAGCACAGCGCUCCCAAAUAUAGAUGUGGAGUCGACUACCAGAGGAGCUCCAAACCCCCCGGCUCCUCUGUCCAGCUCUGGAUCAGACAGAGGCGAUGCGCUCGCUGCACACCACGUAGAGCCUCAGAAGCUGAGUGUGGAGGAAGCUACCGCCCCCGGACGGCAGCGCGUUCCAGAUCUGGGGCGCCCCUCCCUUUCUUCUACAUCAAUGAAUGCUGACCUUGCAUCAGGCCUGAAACUCAGGGAGCAUGCUCGGGGCGCCCCAGAGCUGGCCGCGCACCACGCCAUCACCCUGAGGGAGGUGCAUGGAGUGAGCGAGCCCCCCACUGAUGGACUGGUGGUCGAGACAAAGGAAGGGUCUGUGACUCCAGUCCAGAGCCCAACUGAGAAGAUAACCUCCACCGCGUCCACUCCAGCGCUGUCCACUGAGCCUCCAACAAUCACCCCAAACACCAACACUUCACCCAACGAGACCAGCACUGAGGAGGUUGUUACAGGUAACGGCACAGACAAUGCCCCUCUGGGACACAAUGUGACUGCAUACGGAGGGCUGCUCUCUAACAGCAGCUCGGUCGAGGAGGCGCCCGCUCAGGGGAACAGCUCGGAGCCCGCCUCCACAGCCAGCGAGAAGUUCCUGAACAGGCAGGUGCCCGCCACCACCCAGGACCCCUGGACACCCGGAAACAGCUCAGGCCCCACCGUUGACUCCCCGCCCUCCCGCAUGACCAUCUGCUUGAGCAGGAUGGACAUUGUGUGGAUCGUGCUGGCCAUCAGUGUGCCUGUGUCCUCAUGCUCUGUGCUUUUGACUGUGUGCUGUAUGAAGAGGAAGAAGAAGUCAUCAAGUCAGGAGAACAACCUCAGCUACUGGAACAACGCCAUCACCAUGGACUACUUCAGCAGGCACGCUGUGGAGCUGCCCAGAGAGAUACACACUCUGGAGAGUGAGGAUCAAGACUCCUGUUUACCCCCUAAUGGAGACUACAGCGGCAGCAGCGUGGUCCUGGUUAACCCUUUCUGCCAGGAGACCCUCUUCAUCAACAGAGACAAAGCUUCUGCCAUCUAGAGACAGAAAAGAAAAGAGAGACACUCUCCUCUUCUACUCCCCCUGCUGUCUAUUUUAUAAAUGUGGUAAAUAUUCAGAGACUUUAUAUACUGUAUAUGACAAACACAAACCUGAAAGAGGAGUGAUCUUAAACAGACACUAUUUACUAUGAGGAUGCACCUGCAUAUUUUUCUGAUGUACAUUUUCUACAAAAGGCUUAAUUGUGAUAAAAGGUUUUUAUUGUCUUUAUAAAAUUACAGAGUAUAUGUGGUUUUGUUUCAUUACAGUGGCUUGAUGGUGGGUGCACUGUGGAUGUCGCCACAUGAAAUCUGCUUUAGAGAGACGUGCUAUGGAAACAUUAAAGCUGUUGUCAUUUUAUUUUUUCCUUUAAAAUCAAUCCCAAAAUACUUAGAGCCUGUUGAACUUGAAUAUAGCACCUAUACGUUCUUGGGGGGGAACAGAGAUACCGUAUGUGGGAUCAGGGCCCAAAUUCAUCAAACUGAGAAACACACUUAAAGGAACAGUGUGUCAAAUUUUGGAGGAUCUAUUAGCAGAAAUGGAAUAUAAUAUUCAUAACUAUGUUUUCAUUAGUGUAUAAUCACCUGAAACUAAGAAUCGUGUUUUCGUUAACUCAGAAUGAGUCCUUCGUAUCCACGUAGGGAGCGGGUCCUCUUCACAGAGUCCGCCAUGUUGCACCACCAUGUUUCUACAGCGGCCAAGAAUGGACAAACCAAACACUGGCUCUAGAGAGAGACUUUCAAGUUUUUUUGUUACCUGAAGGCCACCGUAGUUCUCCGACAUGCUUGUGAGGAAACCGUCGUACCACCAGCCGUCGUCUGACUUCCGUUGCUCCUAAAGUAGUGUUACAUGGGGCAUCUCUUGUUGGGAGUAUGGUCUAGACCUGCUCAAUAUGAAAAGCUUCUUGAGAUAACUUCUGUUGUGAUUUGACGCUAUAUAAAAAUAAAUUUAAUUGAAUGUGGUAAGAAUGGCGUCUGAGCAAGGUGAACGGCGUUACCACGGUUUUGCACUCGGCGGCUCGCGUUACCGCAGUCUUGGAAAGGGAGGAGUGAGCGUAGGGGUACUCAGUUGGUUGCAAUUUGCAACCACACCUCUAGAUGCUGCAAAAUCAUACACACUGUCCCUUUAAGUUAGCAUGAGUGAAGGAUUUUACAUACCUUCAUGUCUAAAAUUCAACUUAUUUGAUGAAUACGGGUCCAGAUUUUGAUGGUUAAUUUGAGCAGAAUAUUUGGGUGAUUUGGGGUGUGUAUCUCGUGAAAUGUCAAUCAAAUGAAACUGACAUUAAAUGGCUUUCCCCCUCAUGUGUCACCAGCUUCUCUUAAGAGGGACCACAUAGAUGUCUUAAUUCCUUACGUUGGCCCUUUAUAUAUAUAUAUAAAUAUCAGUAUGUGUGUGUGUGAAUGCCCUGUUUGUGCAUGUAAGCAUACUGUGUGAGAGUGGAUGGAGGAGUUGAAAUGUGCUGCCCCCCCUUAACCAAAUAUCACUGUUACUUUUAGUCAAACAAGACUUUGUAUCACUUUCAGCUCAGUUUUAUUUGUUUGUGUGUGUGUCUGUUUGUCUCUUGUCUGUAUCGUGGAGUGGCUACUGGUUUUAGCCCAGUUUGAGAAAGAGUUUCUCAGCGCUGUAGGAAACAAUUAGACCAACCCUGCUACUGUAAAUGUCUCCCUCCAUAAAUAAUGUGUUUGUCCAUCAAUGCAAACUGUGUUUGUUGAAAUGUUGAAUGAUUGUGAGUUAGUUGCUGGACCACAUAUUAUGUGUCAAAAACCUUGACCAAUAAAAACACUGAGAUAAAUAAUGUAUGCUGAAUAUUUACUGUGAGCACAUACAGAGGCAGUUUAAUUAAUACGAGUGUUUAAUUAUUGAACCUGUGGUCCUUCUAUCAUUUUUAUUUUGCAUCGCUGCAGUUUUAUUCAAUAAUCAAUGCUGCCUGCCUCUAUCGUCGCUAAAGAUUUUCUGCAUUGUGAGAUGUUGUUCUGAAAUCACUGAUUCAAAAGGUGACGGUGAAUAACACGGUUAAACAUAUUGGUAUUUCCUGCAUUGGAUGCUCACAGCUGGGCUUCUUGUUUUGCACGCUCAAAAGUGGAUAUUUUACAAAAUGUUCAGUGGCACGGUGGAGCAGUGUUCAACAUUAUGUAUUUUUUGUACUGUAGUAUACACUGUACUUUUUACUGCUGAGCAAUAAAACAAAGAAAAAACUGAA